UAAAGUGUCAUCGCGAAUAAAUGUGGGUUUGAUAAUAAAGAAUUGCGUUGAACAAUAAUAAUACAAAUCCUAAAUGUAUCGAACGGAGUAAUUGCAAUUACUAAUAAACGAAGUGUUAGUGCCGCAAGCAGCAAGAUACUUUAGGAUAAUGGCAUCUAUUUCGGACGACGGAAUGGUCCUCAGCGGCUACCAGAAAAAAUUGAAGACCAUGAAGAAGAAGUUCUUUGUUUUGUACGAGGAAACGUGCAACACCACAGCACGCUUGGAAUACUACGACACGGAAAAGAAGUUCCUGCAGAAGGCAGAGCCAAAGAGGAUUAUAUACUUGAAGAACUGCUUUAAUAUCAACCGCCGCCUGGAUACCAAGCACAGAUAUGUCAUCGUGCUGUCCUCCAGGGAAGGCGGCUUCGGCAUCGUGCUGGAGAGCGAAAACGAUCUGCGCAAAUGGCUCGAUAAGCUGCUUUUCCUCCAAAGGAAUAUAGCCAACACCAAUGGUCAGGUGUUCUCUACAUAUGACCAUGUUUGGCAAGUGAUUAUCCAAAAGAAGGGACUGGCGGAGAAGGUGGGAAUCACUGGAACCUAUCACUGCUGCCUUAGCUCCAAGUCCCUGACGUUCGUGUGCAUAGGACCGGAGAAGACCCCCAACGGCGAUCACCGAGUGGCUAGCAUUGAAGUUCUACUUACAACGAUACGGCGAUGCGGCCAUGCAUCCCCGCAAUGUAUUUUCUAUAUGGAACUCGGCCGGCAGAGUGUUUUGGGCUCUGGCGAGCUGUGGAUGGAAACGGAUAAUGCAGCAAUAGCGACAAAUAUGCACAAUACGAUAUUAAGCGCCAUGUCAGCUAAAACCGAGUCGAAUGUAAAUUUAAUAAACUCCUUUCAAGCUAGACCAGAUUUUAGUAAUGUGCCAAUGAGACAACGCUCAUCGUCGGCAAACGAAGCCUCAAAGCCCAUAAAUGUUAUUCAUAAUCGCCAAAAGUCACUCGAACUGCGCAACUGUAGUUCCCCCCAUAAUUAUGGCUUUUCGCGUGAGAGAUGUGACAGUUUACCGACUAGAAAUGGCACCCUCAGCGAGUGCAGUAAUCAAACAUACUUUGGAUCGAAUCAUGGACUGAGAUCCAACACCAUUUCUGGCAUCCGUCCGCAUUCGUCAUCCAACAAGCACCAUAGCAAUAGUCCAACGUUCAACAUGCCAUUAAGAUGCUCCGAAUCCGAAGAGUCGUCAAUUAGUAUAGACGAAUCUGAUGAUAAUGGAAGCUUUAGCCACUACCGACUAAACACUCGUUCGUCGAAGAGCGCUAUACCUGAGGAAAACCUUGAUGACUUUGUCUGUGCCGAAUCCAGCAAAGUCACUGGACUAAGUGAAAGUGACGAAACCUAUACCAUGAUGACUCCCAUUAAACCAACCAACGAGGAAAACGAAAAGGUGGAAUUGCAAAGGGUUGAAGAUGCCAAUUUGCAUUUCAACUUUCCCGAACACAUGUCCGAAAAGCUAGCCAAGGAAUUGGAUUUGGAUUCGGAUAAUCAGUGCGGACGUCCCAUUCGUGCCUACUCUAUAGGCAACAAAAUUGAGCAUUUAAAGAUGAAUUCACGACAUGGCUAUAUAAAUGAUACGGGGCAGAAUUCGAACCGCGUGCGGGCUUACUCUGUUGGUUCCAAGUUGAAAAUGCCGCGAUGCGACCUACAGCGCGUUGUCCUCGUCGAGGACAAUAAGCACGAGUUUGAGACGAACCGAAGUCAGAGCAACAUUGCCAGAGGAGCUGGCACCAGUACGGGUCGCGAGAAGAAAUCAACGAGUGCUCCGCUGCUGAGUCUGAAAACACAGGUAAACCCAGACCGAAUGAGUGACUUGAUGGAAAUUGACUUUUCGCAAGCGACAAAUUUGGAAAAGCAAAAGAUUAUCAAGAGCAGUGAAAAGCCCAAAUAUAUUGAGAACUCGUUUGCCAACAAUAUAAGAAGUGAUGGUUCCAAUUUAACCCUGAACGCUGCCAGUCAGAAGAACAUCUUCAAUGGAGCCAAAAUAAAUAAUACGGCAGUGCCAGCGCCAGCGCCAGCAAGCAGCUCGGAGGACGGUUACCUGGAGAUGAAGCCAGUGGGCAAUACGAAUAUUUCCAGUACAAUUAGCCUUCCCAUUAAAAUAGAAAAGCUCAAGGUAAAAGACGAUGUUCAUAAAAUAAGUUCAUACAACAUAAGUCCUGAAAAGUGGAAAGAGCAGCAGCCACCCAGGAGCGCCGUCAUUCUCGCUUCCCUAGAUGAAAUGGCUAAACCCGUAGAAACUAAGAAUUCCGAUGAUAAACUCCCCGAGCUUCAAAGCGAGGUUGAAAAGAAGAAUAAUGUAAAAGAAGUGAAGGUAAUUGAAAAUAACAACCUGGAUUUGAGCAGCCACGAGGAAAAGAAGCUAGUUCAUUCGAUCAGCAGCGAGGAUUACACACAGAUUAAGGAUAAUGGAAAUGAUUUUACCAACUCCAACGAAGUUGGCUACAAAAUUCUACAAAUAAAAAGUGACAGUUCCCUCAUCUCCUCAUCGAGAGUCUACCAAAAGGGCAUCAAGGAUAACCUCGAGAGACAGCUUCGACUCACGGAGAGUGUUAAUAUAAUUCCUGAUAAAACCGCAGCCAAAACCUAUCCAUAUUCAAAGGCGGCCACAGCAACGGCAGACUCCAAAAGCUCGGAGACGUCGCCUCAACCCAACAUUCUGCAGAAUAUAACUGAUUUGAAUUUCCCAGCACGCUCGUCGUCACGCAUAUCCCAGCCGGAGCUUCAUUAUGCCAGUCUAGAUCUUCCCCACUGCAGCGGCGGCCAGACCGCAGCGAAGCAUCUAAAGCGAGGUUCGCGGGAAUCUCCAAUUGCCUUAGGCCCCGAAGACGGUAGCACGUAUGCAAAAAUUGAUUUCGAUCAAUCGGACUCAUCUUCCUCCUCAUCGAACAUAUUUAAUACGUAAAGUUUUCAAGCUUAUUGACUACAUAUAUAUAUGUAUAUGAUUUGUUUAUAAUAUUGUACAUUUAUUGUAAAUAUUCUCGGACAAGCAAAG